AUGGCUAAGAAAACCUAUGAUCUGUUAUUUAAACUUCUUCUGAUUGGAGAUUCUGGCGUUGGCAAAACAUGUAUAUUGUUUAGAUUUUCAGAUAACCAUUUCACAACGACAUUUAUUUCAACUAUUGGUAUAGAUUUCAAAAUCAAAACAGUGGAACUUCGUGGAAAGAAAAUUAAACUUCAGAUUUGGGAUACAGCUGGUCAGGAAAGAUUCCACACAAUCACUACUUCAUACUACCGUGGUGCAAUGGGGAUAAUGUUGGUUUACGACAUAACAAAUGAAAAAACAUUUGAUGAUAUUGUUAAAUGGUUAAGAAAUAUAGAUGAGCAUGCCAAUGAAGAUGUUGAGAAGAUGAUAUUAGGAAACAAGUGUGACAUGGAAGAAAAACGUGUUGUUAGUAAAGAGAGGGGAGAAGCCAUAGCGCACGAGCACGGUAUCCGGUUCAUGGAGACAUCAGCAAAGUCCAACAUAAAUAUAGACCGGGCCUUCUCCGAGCUGGCAGAGGCCAUCCUGGAUAAGUCUGCAGGGCGCGAGGCGGACGCAGACCAUGCGCGCAUCGCCGUGGAGCGCCGCCCCUCGCGCGCGCCUCCUGCACGUGCCUGCUGCUCC